AUGCCAGGUCCAGACUUAAAGGCCGGACUUCAGGGCCGUAUGGAAACGGUGGUGAGCGAAGCCAACGUCGCGCCCCACGUACCCAAAUUCAGUACCCCCUCGAUGAUUCAGCUGAUGGAACAGGCCUCGAUGGACAGUGUGGUGGCCCACCUGUUGCCCGGGGAGACCACUGUAGGGUUUGAAGUGAACGUGCGGCAUCUGGCUCCGGCCGACAUAGGUGAUACCAUCGUUGCCAGCGCCCAGCUUACCGAGGUUGAUCGCAACCGGCUCACGUUCAGAGUUGAGGCGCACCACGGGGACCGGAAGAUUGGUGAGGGCACCCACCGGCGGGCCGUCAUACAGACGCCAACCUGA